CGAUUUCCUUUUUCCCUUUGUAACUAUCACAGCAACAACGCAACCGGAACCAUGGUUCUUCUUACCGUCGAUACCACGGACACAUGUCGAAAGUCAUAUACUUUUUGCUUCUAUGUUUCAGGUCACGGAUGGGGCCAUGCCACUCGAGCAAAUCAGAUCAUUUCGGAUAUUCUAAAGUUGCCUGCCCGUCAUCGAGUGUAUGUGGUGUCGAAUGCUUCGAGUUUUAUCUUUCGAGACAUCAUCAGUCUAGGCGCCAUCUACCGUCAGGCCGAUAUCGAUGCUGGCGUGGUUCAACCAUUGGCUUACACAGUGGAUCGAGACCAAACCAUUGCCAACCUUCGAAAGUUUUUGAAACGACGACCAGCCACAUUGAACCAUGAGAUUGAAUGGCUACACAGUGUUGGCGCUGAUGGCGUCGUUUGCGAUGCUCCUUUCCUGCCCUGUGCGGCUGCGGCGGGUGCCAAUAUUCCUGCGGUGAUUGCCAGCAAUUUUACGUUUGACGAAGUAUACAUGGGAUUGUGCGAGGGCGAUGCAUUGGACAUAGAUAUCAGAGACAUGGUGCAACAAAUCAUUUCAGACUACCGACAUGCGGAUCUAUUGGUGCGACUUCCCGGUGCGAUUCGGAUUCCGUCUUUUGAAGACAGUGCAAGUCUAGUGCCCCAUACGCCGAUCAUUUCGUCAUUUGACCAAUUACCGCGCAAAGGAGUCGUCAAUGGAAAACUUCAAUUGCCCUGCACCAGUCCUUCCAACGUUUCUUCGGCGCAUCAUCACCCCGUCAUGGAACGCCGCAUUGUCGAUGUUCCACUCGUCUUUCGCAAAUAUCAUCGACGCCGGGAAGACGUGCUCGACGAAAUGAAUAUUCCUCCUGAAAUUUAUACCACGCACAAGAUCCUGCUUCUCUCCUUUGGUGGCCAAGCGCUUGGAGACGGGAGCUGGGCGAACCCGUUGCCGGAAGGCUGGAUUUGUGUGGUAUGCGGCGCACCGGACAAUGUUCAACUGCAUAGACGAUUCUACCGUGCUGCCAAGGAUGCGUAUGUGCCUGACCUCACCAACGCGGCGGAUGUCGUGCUGGGCAAGCUAGGAUACGGUACUUGCAGUGAAUGUAUCGGACAUCGAAAGCCGUUUAUUUUUGUAUCACGACCGCAGUUCAUGGAAGAACGUGGCUUGCUGAAAUUAAUGAACGACCAAGGCAGCGCGGUGGAAAUGUCACGCGACGAUUUUGAAGCGGGACGUUGGGCACCCACCAUUGAAAAGGCCGCUCAAUUACGAGGUUACUGCCCAGAUGCCGAACGUCUUGUCGCUCACGACGGAGGUCAAGUCGCUUCAAAGACCAUUGAAAAUUUUGUCACCGAAUGGUAUCGUUCCUACAACAACAUUCGCAGCCUCGAUGUAUCCACCUAUCAUGAACCGGCUUACGCAUCCCUGUGUGUGAGUUUAGACCGAUAAGCUAGACCCUUUUCUUUUUCAUUCCCAACCCAUCCCGCAUAUCUCAUCCGUUUUUUUUUUGUUUAUUUCUUUUCGAUGGUUUUUUCCUUUUUUCAAUUCCCUACCAUCUUUCCCCUCUCUCGAAUCGCUCUCCCUGACAUCAAUCUUUUAUCCUCGCCUCUUCUUUUUUGUCUUUUUUUUUUGAUAAUCAU